ACACAAAUAAUCGAGAAUCGAAAGAUUGAAGUGGUGAAGAGUCAUCGUCACGCGCCCGUCGGCAGAGAUUGACGUGUCCGACGCAGGACAAUGGACGCGAUGAUGCAGCGACUCGCGUUCUCGGCGUUGCUGCUUUUCGCCUGGGUGGCCGACGACGCGCUCGUCGGCGGCCGACUCACGCUCUCACCCGACCUACGAGGGCCCGCCAGCGGCCCGAAGGCCGUCUUCGCGGCCGACCCUGCAGAGGAAGGCCCUGCGGACGGACAAGCACCGACCAGGGUGCGCAGGGAAGCCACCCUGGACCCGAAUGUCAAGCCAAAGGUGGAAGUGGUGCACCUGAACGACACCCGGCAGCAGCUGAUGGUGCACUGGGCCGGGGACAACUCGAACCUGGUGGUGUGUCUCGCCAAGGACGUGACGCUCGUGUCCGGACAGACCAAGAGCCUGCGUCCGUCGACCGUCUACAUUUCGUACGACUACGGCUCCACGUUCAAGAACAGAACCGAGUUCUUCCGGCUGAACGACAGCCAGAACGCCGGUUACGCCCACCUGGACAGCUUCUACAACCACAACAAGUUCUAUAGCCACUUUGUGUUUCCGGACAAAGAAAACCGGGUCAUCUUCACCAGCAAUGACUUCGGGAGAACUGUGAAGCGCCAGAGGGUGGAUUUCACCAUUUCGGAGCUCAGCUUCCACGAUGAGGAGCCCGAAACCAUCGUCGCUCUCGACGCCAGCACCGAAGAUAAAAAGCUGUGGCUGACGGACAAUUUCGGACGCACGUGGACAAUGGUGCAGGAGUACGUGUUCGCGUACAAGUGGAUGUCCGUGCCGGGCCGUCCGACGACGCUGUACGUGCAGCGCCAGGAGCCGACGGGCACCUUCUCGGUGCUCACGUCUCCCAGCCUUUUCCGCGCCAGGGGUGACAUCCAGGUCGUCGUCACCGGCGUCUCGCAGUUCGAAAUCGUCGACAAUUUCAUGUUCGCGAGCAGGAAGGUCGAAAACAAGGAUGCUUACGAAAUGCUGGUGUCGCGAGACCGCGAGCCCUUCAUGACGGCGGUGUUCCCGAACGACCUGCCGACCCUGGCCUUCCACGUGUGCGACGUGUCCAACGGACAGGUGAUGGUGAGCGUCAGCCACGGCCGCUCGCUGUCCAAUCUCUACGUGUCGGACAGCACGCGCGACCAGCAGAUGCUCUUCUCGCUCUCCAUGGCCAGCGUGCUCGCCUACUUCCCCAACAUCACCUGGGCCGACUCCAUUUUGAAGGACCUCACGAACGAGCCCUUUGCCGACAUCUACAAGGUGAAGGGCAUGCGCGGCAUCUACAUCGCAUCUCAGGUCAAGGAGAGCACAGUCUCGAGAAUCGGCCCUGAGAGCCUCGUCACCAUGAUUACCUUCGAUCAGGGCGGACAGUGGCGCCGCAUCACGCCACCCGUCACCGACGCCAACGGCAACAAGUUCAACAACUGCAAUACGAGCGCCGACUGUUCGCUGCACCUGUCGCAACGGUUCGGCCAGCUGUACCCGUCGAUCCGCUCGAUCCCGAUCCUGAGCUCCGCGUCCGCCCCAGGGCUGAUCAUGGCGACCGGGGCGGUGGGCCGGUCGCUGAAGAGCCACGCGAGCGUGUUCAUGAGCCACGACGCGGGCCUGACGUGGCGCGACGAGCUGCCCGGCCUCUACAUCUACGCGAUGGGCGACCACGGCGGCAUUCUGGUGGCCGUCAAGUACUUCCGCGACAACACCAAGGCCAAGGAGCUCGUCUACUCGAUCGAUGAGGGCGCCAACUGGCAGAGCAUUGAGUUCCACGACCAGGAGCUCAAGAUUUACAAUCUGUUGACCGAGCCGGGAGAAAAUACCACCACUUUUACCAUGUUUGGGUCGCUGCCCAACAAGCACCAGUGGAUUAUCGUCAAAAUCGAUUUGCGCAACGUCUUCAAAUACGACUGCACGGCGGACGACUACAAGUUCUGGUCGCCGAGCAGCGAGGACGGUCCGCACAUGCCGUGCAUUUUGGGCCGCAAGGAGACCUACCAGCGGCGGCUGCCGCAUUCUCAGUGCUACAAUGGCAAAAACUUCGACGGGCCCAUCAAAAUGGAGACCUGCGAGUGCGACUACGAGGACUUUGAUUGUGAUUUUGGCUUCACUCGGAGCGUGGAGAUAAAGACGUGCGUCCGGAACAAGACGAGCGGCGUGGACCCGUUCGCGGUGCCGACGUUCUGCAAGCCUGGCGCCACCUUCAACCGCACCAAGGGCUACCUCAAGAUCCCUGGCGACGUCUGCCAGGGCGGCAACGAGCACCGUUUCCUCCCGGCGAGAAUUCCUUGUCCCAUCAAGGAGCAAGACGAUUUCCUGGUGGUGUCUCAGCGUGAGCGGAUCGGCACAAUUUCUCUGAGCGGAAACAGGCAAUUCCAGCACAUUCCGAUCAAAGGCAUCAAAGCCGUCAUCGGAGUGGAGUACGACAUGCAAAACAACUGCUUCUUCUACGGCGAUGCCGACCAGGACUUCAUCGGGCGUCAAUGUGUGGGAAACGGCACUGCGGAGCCUGAGGUGCUGGUGAAGACGAAUUUGGAGUCGGUGGAGGGGAUGUCCUACGAUUGGAUCAACCACCUGCUUUAUUUUGUGGACGGCGCCCGCUCCAGCAUCGAGCUCAUCCGCACCGACAUCAACCACUCGGGCCGCAUGAGGCUCACCGUGCUCGAUAAGACAAAACUCAAGAAGCCCAGAGGCAUUGCUGUCCACCCCAUUGAAGGAUACGUGUUUUUCACGGACUGGGCGCCGGGCGAGCCGAGCAUCAGCAGGUGCAACGCCGACGGCUCGAAGGUGAGGCACCUGUUCACCAACAACGUGGUGCACUGGCCAAACGGCAUCACCAUCGACUUCACCUACGAACGAAUCUAUUGGGUCGACGCCAAACUCGACUACAUCGGCUCCUCCGACCUUGAAGGCCAAAAGUUCAGGAAGGUUCUCACCAACUCGAAGUUCAUCGAGCAUCCGUUCGCAAUCGCCGUUUUCAAGGACAACAUGUACUGGACAGACUGGAAGAAAAACGCCAUCUUCGAGGCGGACAAGGACCACGGCGUGGGCGUAACCACCCUGGCAUCCGGCCUGUCGAACGUGAUGGACCUGAAGGCGUACUCGGCCGGCAUGCAGGCGCAUGUGGUCAACCACACGUGUGCCUUGGCCAACUGCAGCCACGUGUGCGUCGCCAUGCCCGGCCAUUCCUUCAAGUGCCUCUGUCCCGACGGACUCGAGCUCAGCGGCAGCCAGUGCUACUGUCCCAUGAAACUCAAGCCCCUCCAGAACGGAACCUGUCCCGCAGUUAAAGACAAGUGCCCAGUUGACUACUUCCGGUGCAGAAAUGGAAACUGCGUCCCGAAACUGUGGAGGUGCGACGGAGACAACGACUGCGUGGACAACUCGGACGAGGAAAACUGCGGCCUGUCGACGUGCCAGGUGAACCACUUCCAGUGCAAGAAGAGCGGCAAGUGCAUUCCGUCGUUCUGGAAGUGCGAUUUCGACCUCGACUGCGAGGACGGCAGCGACGAGGAAGGCUGCAGCUAUUCGAACUGCACCAAGGAUCAAUUUAAGUGCGACAACGGGCGUUGCAUCAACCUCAAAUGGGUCUGCGACAUGGAGGAUGACUGCAGGGACGGCUCCGACGAAAAGGUCUGCCCUUCAUUCAAGCCGGUCACCUGCGGAGCUGGUGAAUUCCGUUGUGGCGGCAACACGACGCAGUGCAUUCCGACAACAUGGCGGUGCGACGGUGACAACGACUGCCACGACCAAUCGGACGAGCAAAACUGCCAGCAGAACAAGUGCGAACCCUGGCAGUUCACGUGCGGUACGGACCAGUGCAUCUUCAAGUCGUGGGUUUGCGACGGCGAGGACGACUGUCCCGACCGCUCCGACGAGAAGAACUGCACGGCUCCGCCGACCAGGGCACCGACCACGCCCCCUUCUCGCAAUCAGGCUCCUUGCAACGAGUGGCAAUUCACUUGUAACAACAAAAAGUGCAUUCCGUCGUGGUGGAAAUGUGACUCGGUGAACGACUGCGGCGACAACAGCGACGAGCAAGACUGCUGGUCGGACGCUUCGACCACCCGGAAGCCUCCCAAGCCUUCCCCGACGCCGCCCAGCGGCACGUGCCUGCUCAACCAGUUCCGUUGCUACGACGGCACUUGCAUUCUCGAGACGUGGGUCUGCGACGGCGUUGCUGAUUGCUCACACGACGAGGACGAGGAACAUUGCGGACAAGCUGGCUGCUCGUCUGAUCAAUAUGCCUGCCGCGUGGAUGGAACCUGCGUGAACAUUACAAUGGUUUGCAACGGCAAGAAGGACUGCAUUGACGGCUCGGACGAGUUCGGCUGUGAUGGCAAACCUCCAAAUCUGCCUGACGACACGGUGUGCAGUUCUGGAUUUUUCUCGUGCGACGCGGGAAGCAUCUGCCUUCCGCUGAGCAAAAUGUGCGACGGCCACUCGGACUGUUACGACGAGUCGGACGAGUCUGUGUGCUCGCGCAACAGCAGCAAAGUGUACCAAGUGCUGCAGAUGAGCGUCAACGAGCGCAGCAUCAGCAGCGACACCAUCAUGCUCUACUGGUGGAUCCCGAAGCCUGCAAACCUCACUUUCGAGUUCCUGCCCAGCCGUUCGGAGGUGUCCUCCUCGGCGCCGAUGGCCGAGUGGGUCAACAACUCGGCCUGGGUCGACUCCAAUAACUUCCAGGCCGCGGUCACUGGCCUCAAACCCUUCCAGCUCUACAACCUGACCGUGUUUGUCCGCGUCAAGGGCUCGGACGUUGUCUAUCCACCCGCCAAGUACAUCACCGCACGCACUGCUGAAGGAGUGCCGUCGCCACCCUACGGCAUCAAGGCCUCCUUCAAGAGCAGCAACGAGUUGGAAGUGUCGUGGAACGAGCCGUUGAAGGCGAACGGCAUCAUUGUCAGCUACACGCUGUUCAUGUCGCCGCCCUACCCCCCGAUAGAACAACAGCUCUACGCCAAGCCUAACCGCCACGUAAUCAAAAUGGAUUUCCUCCCUGACGAACCCUACUCUAUUUGGAUGACGUCGAAAAACGGUCGCGAGACGAGCAACACCUCUGAAAUCACCUCUGCAAAGAUCAGCGGCUCCGUGGUGGCGCCUAUCGAGGGGCUCAACGUGACGAAGGUGAGCAGUGACUCGGUGACGCUGAUGUGGCGCGGCGUGCAGAACGCGGACGGCUACCGCGUCUCGGCCAAGGGUGGCCUGGCUUACGCGGUGCUGGACACACGCACCGUCACGCAGCCGACCAUCGAGUUCAGCAUGCUCGCCCCUGGCGCCACCUACACCUUCAAGGUCACCGCCUACCACCUCGGCUACUCCGGCAUCUCUUCUCAGGUCACCGCGACCACCGAAGGUGUGCAGUUGCCAGUCGUGCCGAACGUGAAGGCCGAAGUGGUCAAAAGUCAGGGUACGACGGUCAAGGUGACCUGGGACCAGCCAAAGGACUUCCGCCAGGUCAAGUGGUACUACGGCGUUUACUACGGCACAGACAUGAGCCACCUGAUGCAACGGCCGUUGGUGACGACGUCCGAGCUGUCAGUGUCGAUCCUGCAGCUGGCUGCAUGCGAGUCGUACCUGUUUGACGUGGGCAUUGUUGGUCCUCUAGGGGCCGGACCCAUUUCCGGCCGCCAGGUCAACCUGAUCACCGAGUACAGCCCGACGGCGGCACCCAAAAACCUGCGGGCCGCCAGACACCCUGUCACGCCAACCAAACUCACCGUCUCCUGGAGUGCCUCGUGUGAUGCCAUCCAGAUGCCUAUCUCGUACUUCGUGUUCUUUGACGAGGUGACGACCAAGAAGCAUUUCGUGAAGCAGACGGCAAAGUCGAACGCGUCGACCUUCUCGCUGGAGUUUGACGGCGUGUACGGCGCCGAGUACAGCAUCCAGGUGUCGACGAGCGCAUUCGGCGCCCUCAAGUCUGCAAGCGUGCUGCACAGCAUUCCCAUUCCAGCGCCGCACCAGCUGCAGGUGCUUCCUGAAAGCAACGGAAGUCUCAUCAUCUACUGGCAGAACAAGGAGUUGCCCACCGAACUCGCCAAAGACAAGUAUCAGUACGAGGUGUUGAUCAGCAAGGGCUCGUGGCAGGGCGUAGAAAAGGCCAGGAAGUUCUACGCGGCGGAGGCGCCGUUCGUGCUGAACGAGACCGACAGCGGCACCGCCUACUCGGUCGCAGUCCGACUCGUCACCUCAAAGGGAUACUACUCUCUCCUCUCAGAGAUCAACACAAUGGAGACAAGUCAAAUGUCAUGGUCCGAGUUGAUCACUCCGACUCACGUGGUGAGCGUCGCGGUGCCCGUGGUUCUGGUGAUCGUGGCUCUGGCCGCCACGCUCGGCUGUUACGUCUACCGGCACCACCGGCUGCAACACAGCUUCUCGUCGUUCGCCAACAGUCACUACAACACCAGGUCCGGCGCGGCCACCUUCACAGGCGGAGAGGGACUCGACGAAGACGACGCUCCUGUGAUCACCGGCUUCUCGGACGACGAGCCUUUAGUGAUAGCCUGACGAACGACUCGUGCCGUUGCUCUGUGAUAGCAGCCACGCGUUUGACAAUUGAUUGAUUGCUCCUAUUUGUUAAUUGAUGUUGUUGAUUCAUUCCUUCACGCGCGGCGCCCGCGUCAAAGACUUUUAUUUAUUGCAAGCAGCACGAGAUUGCUCUGAUUUGUCCAACGGGUGCGAACUGAAUGUAUAAAGAUGAAUUAUUUUAUUUU